AUGGAGAAGCCCACACCUACCAUUCCUCCUCGUGUCGGUGACCCUCAGACUUCUCUCGCUGGGAUGGCGAUCUACAUCCUGUCUCACAUCAUUCCCUGGAACGCGAGCUACUCCACCCCGGAUGGACAAGUAAUCUACAGAAUACAAACGUCUUCCGAUAUCUGGAGGCCGCGAAAGGCUGUAAUCGAAAAGGCAAUCUCUAACAAAGAAUUUGGAGAGGAAGAACAGCUUACAAGGCUGGGCGAGAUCGAAUUCCAUGUCUUGAGGUCAUCAAAGAUCACGUUGGGGGACCUUUGGUUGAACGACGGGUCGAAAACAAUUGUUGCAAAAUAUCAUCAAGACCACUACGGGCUAACGAGGGACGCAUGCUCAACCUCGUUGGAGAUAUUUCCUAUUGGCGAACACAUCACAGACCUUAUCAUCGUUACGUUUGUGUACAUCGAGUUCAUUCGGCUAGGACGAGAAGAAUUCAGUGAAACUUUCUGA